CUGCACUUCUUUUGUUGUAGGGAGGAUGUACACUGAAGAGUCCUGAAAGCUCCGUCUAAGCGGCGUCACCCUUCGCAGCCUGGGACAAAGACGUCUUCACAUUCAACCCUUUUUGCCGACAACAUAGGAAGCUCCCCGUUUCAAAAACUUUACUUGUCUGUGUCUCCAUUCCAACAAUGGAAAAUCUACACGCGCCGACAGUGCCCUCUGGGGAAACCACUGCUCCUGUCACAAAUGGCGAUGCGGGGCAUCUAAGCUUUGCAGAGUUGCAGCGAAAGAAGGACGAUAUUGAGGCCGAACUCAAGGCUUUAGGAGGGGUGCUUGACUCGCAUGGGGUUGAUAUGAACACUUCUCUCCUAACAAACGAUGGUUUUCCUCGAGCGGAUAUUGACGUUGCUCAAAUCCGGACUACACGAGCUCGCAUCAUUCGACUGCGGAAUGACUAUACCGCUCUCAUGACACGGAUUGAGAAAUUCCUCCAUGAGCAUUUUGCGAGUCUUGAUGAGAAUGAAUCUGCGCCAGUUGCAAGCUCGAGUCACUCACAAGGCAUCUUGCCAGACUCAGUUUCUACAGCGUUAGACCCUCCUUUUGCCAAAAUCAACACCGUAGCUGCAGGAAGUCCAGCAGAAUCCGCCGGCCUGAAACCUGGAGACGAAAUUCGGAACUUUGGUUAUGUGAAUCGAGCCAACCACGACAACCUCAGAAAGGUGGCCGAGUGUGUCCAGGGUAACGAAGGGAACAACGUUUUCAUCAGAGUGUCGAGGCCAGAUGGUGUGGCCGAGCGGCAAGAGUUGCGACUGACCCUGACUCCACGAAAGGACUGGGGUGGGCGAGGAUUGUUGGGCUGCCAUAUCUUGCCUCUAUAAGUCGAGUAGUCGCGAAAGCCAUGAUAAACCAGAAAGCCUAUGCCUAAUCACUCCGGGCGAGGUAAAUUAUUGGUUUUACUAGAUCGAGGCAACUUAUCUAAAGACUUGUGUUUUGGCCUAUAUCCGGUUACUGGUGUGCUUUGCAACCAAUGGCUCUCUAGUACAAGGCCUCAAACCUCGCCGCGAUCCAAACACUUCUCUCAUGAUAUAUAUGAGUAGAACAACCGCACCCUAAUUUGCAAAGACAAAAGUGGAUCAUAUAGGACUAUGUCUCAUGCUGAUAUAACGAAACAUUUUUUG